AUGGGAUCCUGUCUGAGUAAAAGAGGGUCAGAGCCAGAAGAACAACACAUUGGUUAUAGACAUGCUGUUGGGGGUGGUGGUGUGCACAAUCACAAGAGCCAUGAUCAUGAUCCCUAUGUCAACCAAUCAAAGCCCCCCUACCAAUUACCUGAGAAACAUGCACCUCAUGUCCCACCAAGAAGCCCAAAACAUGCACAUCACACAAUCACUGGGAAGCCCUUUGAGGAUGUUAAGCAGCACUACACACUUGGGAAGGAGUUGGGGAGAGGCCAAUUUGGGGUGACCUAUCUCUGCACUCACAACUCAACUGGCUUGCAAUAUGCCUGCAAGUCCAUUUCAAAGAGGAAGCUUGUGAGCAGAGCUGACAAAGAGGACAUGAGGAGGGAGAUCCAAAUCAUGCAGCACUUGAGUGGACAAUCCAACAUUGUGGAGUUCAAAGGUGCUUAUGAGGAUAAGCACUCAGUUCAUGUGGUCAUGGAGCUGUGUGCAGGUGGUGAACUUUUUGACAGGAUUAUUGCCAAGGGCCACUACAGUGAAAGGGCUGCUGCUUCCAUAUGUAGACAGAUUGUUAAGGUUGUUCACAUCUGCCAUUUUAUGGGUGUCAUGCAUAGGGAUCUCAAGCCAGAGAAUUUCUUGCUGUCCAGUAAGGAUGACAAGGCGCUUCUCAAGGCCACAGAUUUUGGCUUGUCUGUCUUCAUUGAAGAAGGAAAGGUGUAUCGAGAUAUAGUUGGCAGUGCUUACUAUGUUGCUCCAGAAGUUCUACGUCGUAGCUAUGGGAAGGAAAUAGAUAUAUGGAGUGCAGGAGUCAUAUUGUAUAUCCUACUUAGUGGUGUCCCUCCAUUUUGGGCAGAGACGGAAAACGGAAUAUUUGAUGCCAUAUUGCAAGGUCAUAUUGAUUUUGAAAGUCAUCCAUGGCCUAGCAUUUCAAAAAGUGCUAAGGACCUUGUUCGCAAGAUGCUUAUAAAGGAUCCAAAGAAACGUGUUACUCCUGCUGAGGUUUUAGAGCAUCCAUGGCUUAAAGAAGGCGGAAAUGCUUCUGACAAGCCAAUAGACAGUGCAGUGCUUUCCAGAAUGAAGCAAUUCAGAGCGAUGAAUAAACUAAAAAAACUAGCCCUCAAGGUCAUUGCUGAAAAUCUUUCUGAAGAAGAGAUCCAGGGUUUGAAGGCAAUGUUCACAAAUAUGGACACUGACAAUAGUGGUACAAUCACCUAUGAGGAACUGAGGGCAGGGUUGCAAAGACUUGGCUCAAGGCUUACCGAAGCUGAAGUGCGGCAGCUUAUGGAUGCCGCUGAUGUCGAUGGAAAUGGCACAAUUGACUACAUAGAAUUCAUCACUGCUACAAUGCAUAGACACAAGUUAGAAAGAGAUGAGCAUCUUUACAAGGCCUUCCAAUAUUUUGAUAAAGAUAGCAGCGGGUACAUCACAAGAGAUGAGCUGGAAACAGCCAUGAAGGAUUAUGGUAUGGGUGACGAGGCCACAAUCAGGGAAAUUAUAUCUGAAGUUGAUACAGAUAAUGAUGGUAGAAUCAACUAUGAAGAGUUUUGUACAAUGAUGAGGAGUGGAACCCAACAACAAGGCAAACUAUUCUAAUAUGGCUAGAUUGAGUGUGUCCCCCACUUCAGAGGAAAGUUUCCAAAAGUUCAUAUACAUUAUAGGCUUGUAAGG